GCCAAGACAGCCCUGCGCAGGGGUGAGCAUUCCGUGGACACCUCUGAAGAGGGAGCAGGUUCCAUGGGCGUCUGGCUGCGGCUGUUUUUUUUGCUAUUGCUGACGUUGCUUCUGCGAGGCCUGGGGCAGUCCGCAUGGCCUGCGGCGGUGGCUCUGGCUCUGCGCUGGCUCCUGGGGGACCGCACGUGCUGUGUGCUGCUUGGCCUGGCUGUCCCGGCACGAUGCUGGCUCGUUCCCUGGAUGCCCCACUGGCUGAGUCUGGCAGCCGCAGCCCUCACGCUGGCUCUGAUGCCUGUGCAGCCGCCGCCAGGGCUGCGAUGGCUGCCCACUGAUGUAGCCUUUAUGGUCAAGAUGCUUCGCCUGGGCCUGGGCCUCAGGGUGCGCAUGAGCUGCCGGCCGCUCCACACCUUUGUGGAUGCCUUUGAACUAAGGGCACGAACACAGCCAGACCAUGUGCCUUUGGUGUGUACAGGGCCAGGGGGCUGCACAGUCACUUUCAGGGAGCUGGAUGCCCAGGCUUGCCGGGCAGCAUGGGCCCUAAAGGCGGAGCUGGGCAGCCCCAGGGGCCUGCCUGCCAGGGAGCCUGUGGCCCUCCUGGUGCUGGCCACCCAGACCAUUCCCGCCCUGGGAUUGUGGCUGGGGCUGGCCAAGCUGGGCUUCCCGGUGGCCUGGAUCAAUCCUCAUAGCCGGGGGGCACCCCUGGUGCACUCGGUGCUGAGCUCUGGAGCUCAGGUGCUGGUGGUGGACCCAGACCUCCAGCAGAACCUGGAGGAGGUCCUCCCCAAGCUGCAGGCAGAGAACCUCCACUGCUUCUACCUCGGCCACUCCUCCCCCACACCAGGAGUGGGGGCUCUGGGGGCUGCCCUUGAUGUUGCACCCGUGGAGCCUGUGCCAGCUGACCUGCGAGCUGGGAUCACGCCGCAGAGCCCUGCCCUGUUCAUCUACACUUCAGGGACUACUGGGCUCCCAAAGCCAGCUAUCCUCACACAUGAGCGGUUGCUGCAGAUGUGCGGGAUGUUCCACCUGUGUGGGGUCACAGCUGAUGAUGUGAUCUACACCGUCUUGCCUCUUUACCACGUGAUGGGGCUUGUCCUUGGGGUCCUUAGCUGCCUGGAGCUCGGAGCAACCUGUGUCCUGGCCCCCAAGUUCUCUGCCUCCUACUUCUGGGAUGACUGUCGGAAGCAUGGUGUGACUGUGAUCCAUUACGUGGGCGAGGUCCUGCGGUACCUGUGUGGCACUCCCCAGCGGCCAGAGGACCGGACACACACAGUCCGCUUAGCGAUGGGCAAUGGACUACGGGCAGAUGUCUGGAAGACCUUUCAGCAACGCUUCGGCCCCAUUCGGAUCGUGGAAGUCUAUGGCUCCACAGAAGGCAACGUGGGCUUUGUCAACUAUCCAGGGCGCUGCGGCGCUCUGGGCAAGAUAAGCUGCUUCCUUCGAAUGCUGUCCCCCUUUGAGCUUGUACAGUUUAACACAGAGGCCGAGGAGCCUGUGAGGAACAAUCAGGGCUUCUGCAUCCCUGUGGGGCCAGGAGAGGCGGGUCUCCUGCUGACCCAGGUGCUGAACCGCCACCCUUUCGUGGGCUACCGCGGGCCGCGAGAGCUGACGGAACGGAAGUUGGUACAAAACGUGCGGCGCUGGGGCGACGUUUACUACAACACCGGGGACGUGCUGGCCAUGGACCACGAAGGCUUUCUCUACUUCCGCGACCGCCUCGGGGAUACCUUUCGAUGGAAGGGUGAGAACGUGUCCACGCGGGAAGUGGAGGGCGUGUUGUCACUCGUGGACUUCCUGCAGGAGGUCAACGUCUAUGGUGUGUCUGUACCAGGGUGUGAGGGCAAGGUGGGCAUGGCUGCUGUGCAGCUGGCCUCUGGCCAGACCUUCGAUGGGCAGAGGCUGUACCAGCACGUCCGCGCUUGGCUCCCUGGCUAUGCUGCCCCGCAUUUUAUCCGUGUCCAGGACGCCCUGGAGAUCACAAGCACGUUCAAACUGGUAAAGUCCCGGUUGGUGCGUGAGGGCUUCAACGUGGGCGUCGUUGCUGACCCACUGUUCGUGCUGGACAACCAGGCUCAGGCCUUCCGGCCCCUGACGCCUGACACAUACCGCGCUUUGUGCGAGGGAACCUGGAGACUGUGAUGAUCUAGCCACCCCUUAGGACGUCACAGGAGCAGGGCCCAAAGCUGACCACCACCCCCACUUGCAGCGUCACCUGCACAGAGGCAUCAUGAAUUCCAGCUUGGCCAUUUCCUUAGCUGCCUAGGGUGGGACAACACUGGGCCAGGUAGCAGAGCAAAAAUAAAUUGGGAUGUGGAGAGAGAUGUUUGUGUGAAUGAAUACGCAAGCAAGGAGUGCAGGGCCUAAUGCCUCCCAGGAACCUUACUUCUGGAUCACCCGUCCACAUCCCACCGAGAACCUUGUUAACCUUAAAAGAGUCCAUUGGAAUUAAAGCCCACCUGUCUAUGGCUUCUCAUUGGCUGAGUUGUAACCAUCUCAUUGGGCUGGGCUGUAACUGGGAGGUGGAAGGUGGAAGCAUUCUUACUCUUGCUGGCUGGUGAAACCGAUAAAACAAUAUGGCGGCCGUCUUUAACCAUGGGAUCUGAGAAUUGAAUGAUGGGCAUGAAAGCGUCUCCGGUAGGCCUCCUGAUGCCACAUCAGUGAGGUGACCCAUAAUUUUCACAACUUCAACUAACGUGGAGCAGUGGUCCUGUCUGGGCAAGGCCGGGUUGUGGAAUGAGCUGGCAGCCCCCAACCCACUGCAGGGUUUAAAAGAUGAGAACCCUGACUCUAUAUGUGGGUCUUUUGUGGACUCUGAUGGAGCUGGUCCCGGGCCAGUGGGCGUGGGUCUGGUCUGGAGGAUGUGGGGAGAAGUGCUACGAUGGGCGAUCUGACAGGGGCACUGGAGUGAGGCAAGAAGGGGGAGCCGGAAGUAACUGAGGGAGGCGCACGUGCAAAGGCCCUAGGGCGUUAGCCUUGGGGUCAGAGAUGUCGGGUACAGAGCCCGCCAGGAAAUGGAGUCCGCAUUGCCUUAGGGCUGGAAGUGCCCUCUGGGGCAUUGUGGGGGCUGCAGACUGGGACACGGGAGAGCCCUUAUUAGGGAACUGUGGUCCGCGCUAUGACGGGGGUUUUAAAUGCCGCCUAAUCUUUGUGGGAAACGUGGCCUAGGGGCAGGGGAAAAGAAGGAGUGCUCCUCAGCUCCGAAGCCUUGGGGGAAUAAAUAGGCCUUGCGGUCUCCAGGAAGGAAGUGUUGCUUAGGCAUCAGGCUGGUGCAGGCGGCUGCGCGCCAGGGUUGAUGCCUGGAGCGUUCUAGGAGCUGUGGCGGAGGCCUCUUGGAAGUGUACUCAGCGGCGUGGAGGGCCUGUGGUGGCUUCUGGAGCGUUUUGGGAGCUGUAGGCAGAGGCCGCGGACGCGGGGACCUCUGGGAAGUGUAGUCAGCUGCGUGGAGGUCCGGUGGCGCCACGUGGAGCGUUCUAAGACCUGUAGUAGAGGCUGCCGUCGCAGAGGCCACUGGGAAGUGUGGUCUGGGCCGUGUGCAGGUCCCAUGGUGGCGUCUGGAGCGUUUGGGGAUCUGUAGCCGAGGUGGCUUGAACAGGAACAGUUGCGGUGGUCAGUGCCCAGGUCGCGUUAGUCUUGGGCGCGCCCUGGGGGCGGGAGACAGGUCCCACUGGAGUCUCUCGGCAUUUUUAGCAUGAGUCUCUGUAAGGCUGGGGAGAGGAAA